CCCUGAUUUGGUUGGGUUUGAAAAGUCUUUGCACACAGUGUGAAUGUGAGAGAUAAGGUUUCAACGUUUUGCGGGUUGGCUUUUGGUUCUCCUUUUUUCUCUGUCAUCCUUUUGAAAGCUUUUCGUUUUUUAGUGCAAUUAUCAAUACUGCCAAUACAGUGUUGGUCAAGCAAUCUAUGCUGUAGAGUGUAGAAGCUGGUGAAACCCUCUCUCUCUCUCUCUCUCUCUCUCCCCCCUAUCUUUUGGCGGUCUUUUAUGGUGUUUCAGGAAUUCUCCCCUCCGUCGGUUUUGUGCUCUAGAGAGGUAAAGUAAAGGUGCGGCGGUGGAUCAGAGAAAAGACUAGUUCUUUCUUGACUUCUGUUAUUUCGUGUAUCUGCUUUUUCUUCUAGAGAGAGUGCAACGUCAUGCAUGGGGCGUUGACAAAUGAAACUUCCUUUUCUCUUUUCUGAUGGGAAUGCUGCUGCAAUGACCUUGAUUCAACGCUGGAGGUAGCUGAAGCUUUUAAGGCCAAUAUUUGAUAGACAACAAAGAGGAACAAAAUCUAAGCACAUACUUGUGAAACUGAUAGCUACUUUUCCGAUAAAUCAAGAGUGAGCGAGAGAGAGAAAGAUCAUAUUCACAUAGUAGAAUAGAGAGAUAAAAGAGAGAAUAGAAAAGGGAGUUCUUUUUUGUUUUCCCAGUAGGAUGAGUUUUGGGGAUUUGAUGAUCACUAGUUGUAGUAAUAAUGUUAGUAGUGAUGGUGCCGGGGGUUCAAAGAUUGUGGCUGAUAUUGUUACACGCAGCAAUACCAUGUACAAUGCUGGCAUUGCUCAUCAGCUGCCAGUCCUCUCUCCAUCUAUUCACAAAUCACUCGCCCUCUCCCUGUCGCUUAAGGGCAAGAUGGAUAGUCAUGGAGAUAUGGGUCUACUUGGGGAACAUUUUGAUCCUAGUAUAAUGGAGAGGAUCAAGGAGGAUGGUUAUGAGAGCAGGUCAGGCAGUGAUCAUCUGGAAGGUGCAUCUGGGGAUGAUCAGGAAACUGGAGAGAAUAAACGGCCCCGGAAAAAGAAAUACCAUAGGCAUACUCCUCAUCAAAUACAAGAACUUGAAUUUUGCUUUAAGGAAUGUCCUCAUCCUGAUGAAAAGCAAAGAAUGGAGCUUAGCAGGAGGCUUGGCUUGGAAAACAAACAAAUCAAGUUUUGGUUCCAGAAUAGGCGAACCCAAAUGAAGACCCAAUUGGAGCGCCAUGAGAAUAUCAUACUUAGACAAGAAAAUGAUAAGCUCCGAGCUGAGAAUGAGUUAUUGAAGCAGAAUAUGACGGACCCAAUUUGCAAUAAUUGUGGUGGCCUUGCGGUUCUUGGACCGGUAUCAUAUGAGCAACAGCAAUUAAGGAUUGAAAAUUCUCGACUCAAGGAUGAGAUAGGUCGUGUUUGUGCUUUAGCCAAUAAGUUCCUAGGUAGGCCGCUAUCUUCGUCGGCUAGUCCUACCCCUCCCUUUGGCUCAAAUUCCAUGUUGGACCUUUCAGUUGGGAUAAAUGGGUAUGAAGCUUUAGCCAAUAUAGAGACCACAUUGCCAAUUGGACUUGAUUACAAUGAUGGGAUCACAAUGCCGUUUAUCAAACAAAUGACAAGUCCUGUGGUCAAUGAAAUUCCUUAUGACAGAUCUAUGUUUAUAGAGCUUGCAUUGGCAGCUAUGGAUGAAUUGGUUAAAAUAGCUCAGACUGAUAGUCCUCUUUGGAUCAAAAGCUUGGAGGGAGGGAAGGAUGCCCUGAAUUAUGAGGGGUAUACAAGGACAUUUUCUCCUUGUAUCGGUGUGAAACCCAGCAGCUUUGUUGCUGAAGCUACAAGAGAGACCGGUACAGUAAUCAUCAGCAGCUUAGCUCUCAUUGAGACUUUAAUGGAUGUGAAUCGAUGGACAGAAGCCUUCCCGGAUCUGAUUGCUAGAGCCUGCACCAUUGAUGUGAUUUCGAGUGGCAUGGCUGGAACCAAAAAUGGUGCUUUGCAAGUGAUGCAUGCAGAGUUUCAAGUGGUUUCACCUUUUGUCCCUGUGCGUCAAGUGAGGUUCAUUCGGUUCUGCAAGCAGCUUGCAGAGGGUGUCUGGGCUAUGGUUGAUGUUUCAAUUGAUGCAAACCAAGAAAGUUCCUUUUCACUUCCAUCUGCUGCUUGCAGGAGACUUCCUUCUGGCUGUAUUAUCCAAGAUAUGCCCAAUGGUUGCUCCAAGAUUACCUGGGUGGAACAUUCAGAAUAUGAUGAGAGUGCAGUUCAUCAUCUCUACCGGUCAGUACUUAGUUCUGGCGUGGGCUUUGGUGCUCAGAGGUGGAUUGCCACCCUACAGCGUUACUGUGAGUGUAUGGCGAUCCUUGCAUCCCCAACCAUUUCUGGUGAUGAUCAAACAGUGGUAAAUAUAAGUGGUAAGAAAAGCAUGGUGAAGCUAGCACAGCGCAUGGUGGAGAACUUCUGUUCUGGAGUCUGUGCUUCAUCCGCACGCAAGUGGGAUAAGCUUACAGUCGAAAAUGUGGGUGAAGAUGUGAGGAUUUUGACCCGAAAGAAUAUUAAUGAUCCGGGCGAACCACCUGGUGUCGUGCUGAGUGCUACAACUUCUGUUUGGUUGCCAAUUACGCGGCAGAGGUUAUUCGACUUCUUGCGUGAUGAACGGCUGAGGAGUGAGUGGGACAUCUUAUCACAUGGUGGGAUGAUGCAGGAAAUGGUCCACAUUUCGAAGGGUCACAGCCGUGGGAAUUGUGUUUCUCUCCUGCGUGCAAGUGCUGUUAGUGCAAAUGCAAAUGAAAACAACAUGCUGAUAUUGCAAGAGACAUGGAAUGAUGCCUCAAGCUCUCUGAUAGUGUAUGCGCCCGUUGACGUACCAUCAAUGAGUGUGGUGAUGAAUGGUGGGGAUUCUACCUACGUGGCUCUCUUACCAUCAGGUUUUGUGAUUCAUCAAGGGGGUCCAAGUUUCUCUAAUGGGACUCUGGUAGAAAGAGAUAAUGAUGGGGGUGAUGGAGGAGGAUCUCUUCUUACAGUUGGAUUCCAAAUUUUGGUGAAUAACCUUCCUACAGCUAAGCUGACAGUGGAGUCGGUGGAGACGGUGAAUAAUCUGAUCUCAUGCACGAUUCAAAGGAUCAACACGGUGCUUCAACUAACAUAGCCUUAGCCUGAAAGGGAAAUUAAAUAAUUCUUAGUUAUUAUUUUUGGGUUUUGGGUUUUGAACAUAUAAUGUCAAAGAAAGUAUUUAGCAGAUAGAAUGGGAAAUGAAAAGGAGAUGUAACUCGCAAAAAUACAAGGGGUUUCGAGUCAAGAACGAACCGCAAGUGAACAAAUUUUUAGCUGGGUGGUGAUGCCGACUCUGGAUGGCUUGUUUGAAGCAAUAUGAGCAACGGGUGGCGGGUUAGUGGUUCGGGUAUUGACUUGGUCGGACCUGCCAGGUGCUUCGCUCUCUCUCGACAAAUCUUUUGUUUGAUCUUACCUAUAAAAACAUUAAAACAAAGAAGAAUGGACAACUUCCUUUUAUA